AUGGAGAAAAAGGAUGAUCUCCACAGAAUCGCUGAGAUAUUGAACUCCGCCGGACAUCUUGAGAAGUGCGUCGACGCGUACCAGAGUGUAAGGAAGACGUUCUUGGAAACAAGUCUCCGGAAACUCGGCAUUCAAAGAUUGAGUAUGAACGACAUCCGCAGUUUGGAGUGGGAAGCGUUGGAGAAUAAGAUCAGACAGUGGACACAGGCUGCUAAGAUUUGUGUUAGUGUUCUCUUUGCGAGCGAAGAGAGACUCUGUAAGCGUGUCUUUGGAGGCCUUGGAAAUGCAAUUGACGACGACUGUUUCGCGGAGACGGUUAAAGAUCCUGCAUUUCAAUUGUUUGAGGCGGGGAAAGCAUUAAGCAUCUGCACCAGCGACAGAUCACGCCGACCCGAGAAGCUGUUCAGGAUCUUAGACCUCCACGAAAUGUUGCUGAAGCUUCUGAAAGAUGUGGAGAUUAUUUUUAGGUCGGAAUCGUUAGAAUCUGUUGGAAUUCAGGCUACUGAGAUGCUGUGGCAGCUUGCCAAAGCUGCCAGAGAGAUUCUACCGCAAUUUGAAAGUGACAUGCUUCGUGCGCAGUCUCAUUUUCAGGAUCAGAGUGGUGGGAUUGACAACUUGACAACAUAUGUUGUGAGAUUUAUUACUCAGAUCGCUUAUUACAAUGAAGGGCUGACUAAAUUAAUCGUAUCAAAGCCCGAAUUUGGGAGGAAUUGUGGUGACGCUGUGACAAUUCCGGAUGCCAAACUUGCUCAACUUGACGGGCGUACUAGUACUACUCCAUUGGUGGUACAUUUAAUUUGGAUUGUUGAAAUUUUACAAUUCAAAUUGGAGGCUAAAUCUAAGCGCUACGACAACCCCUCUUUGGCUCAAUUAUUCAUGAUGAACAAUGUUCACUACAUUGUCCAAAACAUCAAAGAGGACCCGGAUUUGAGAGACAUGGUUGGGGACGAUUAUCUGAAGACGUUGAUCGAAAAUGUCCAGCUCCUAAUGAACGCCUAUAUGGGAUCAACAUGGGAAAGGCUCGUCUAUUGUCUGAGAGAUGAAGGACUAUAUGCGAGUCCUGGUCCUUCUUUGAAGGUGUCUAAGAGCGCGUUGAGAGAGAGGUUCAAGUCCUUCAAUGCUACGUUAGAGGAGAUUUAUCAGAAUCAAGCCAAAUGGGUGGUACCAAACCAACAGAUCCGAAAUAAGCUUCGCCAUUCUAUAUCAGAGAAGCUAAUUACGGCUUACAGCUCCUUUUUAGAGCGGUUCAGAAGUCAUUUAGGGAAAGAGAAUCAGCAAGAGAAAUACAUUAAACAUACAGUUGAGGACCUUAGUCUUUGGUCUGAACUCGGCGGCUCCGACGGGAUCUCGCCACCUACAUCUCCACAAUCAUUGGUCGUAUUGGGCAGUGAAGGUGGGGUGCUGCUGAGAUUAGACAAGAUGAACCAGACAAGGAUGGAGGCAACUGAGAGGUCGGCGGUGAGCUUGUCGAUGGAGGGCUCGGCUUUGGAUGAUAGCGGCCGUGAUGGGUGCGACAGACUUACAGCGGCGACCUAUGAGGAUGAAAAUGGUAGUGGGCUUGCGGUGGUGCUUGGUGAGAUUAAACGGCAGUGGGUUUGCGACACGGCACCGGCUGGCAAGGAGAAGCUCGGCUGUGGAUGA